UUUUGACACAUCCUCCAGUCUAAUCAUGUGGCAGAUAAUUUUCAGUUUUCCUGGCAUUCACUUAUCAAUUUUGGGUAUGAUCCGAAAAAAGAAAAAUUCCAAAACAUUGAUAUCGAGACUUUUCAACUUCAUCCAUUCAAUAAGAUCCGAAGAACGCAUACGGUGCGCCGUGGUUCGUUUAAAUAAACUUAUAAUUGCAGAAGGGUUAUUUGAUGGUGGACCAUUUCGAGUGCAGCGCCCAGCGACCAACCCUUAUUCGCCACCCCAUAAUACCCCACAAAGCUUGGAUAUGCGAUUAUUCCUCAAAGAGCGUGAUAGGUUGGUACUCCAUAAAUCGGAGGCGGAGGCGGGGCCAGAGCAAGAUGAAAUACACAUUCAAUGCUUGAAAACGGACGAAAUGUUCCUUCUGGCAGAAAUACGAGAAAACAGGUCCAAGACUUCGUCUCAUUUAGAACUUGAGCUGGGAGCAGAGGUGAUCGAUUACACAAAGAAUCGAAAUGUGGACAGAGCUCCACCAAUAGGAAUUGAAAGUUUUGAGGAUGGCCAGGCUAGCAGUGUGCGAGCAAGUUUUACUGUAAAGUCUACUUAUUACAGAGACAACCAAAGAUUGCUUCAGGUUUCAUCAAUGAAAGGCCUCUCCAAGGAUGACUUGAAAGGCGCAGAGCUAAAAGUAGCCCUACCUCUUGUCAAGAUACAUCAGCUCUCUAGUCAGAGUUGCAAUACGGGUGAAGUCUCACCAAACUUCGUCCCCUGUUGUACGGAAAGUUCACCGAGUUCGGUUGCUGAGACUCCUUCGAUUCGAGACUCCACUUCCAGUGAAGGUACUUUUCGUCAAUGCGGUUGCAAGAAAUCGACAAUUUGUCGAUGUGGGUCUAAGUGCUAGAAUAUUGAAAAUGCACUUACGAAGUAAGUAAUUCAAGUCUAUAAAUGGAGCUCGAAUAGUAGUCUAAUAGGGAAACUAGCACUAACUUACUUCUAAACGAACUUUCAAGGUAUUAGAUAAUUAUAAAUAUAUAAGAUGUAAUAAUAUCUAAGAAACGGCAAUAAUAUAGGAAAAUCUUUAAUAACUGGUCUGUGUUGUAA